GGGCCCGAAGUAUAGGAAACUUGCAUUAUAAAAAAACUACGCUGGAGGAGAGCGUCCGUAACAACUAAGACCGAGGAUCCAUUACUUUGCUAAGACGAAAAUAACAACUGAACAUUGUUACGUACGAUGUUGUUUCCAGUUCUGUAAAUGAGUUUACGCAUUAUGGCAGAUCCAAAUGAAGACAAAAUAGACUUCCAGAAACUGGAAAAGGAACUUUCAUAUGCUAUGGAAGCUGAUGCAAAAUACUGGAGAGAAAAUGAUGCCAAGUUCAGAGCAGUUGAGCAACGUGUUGAAACAUAUGAACAGUUUAGGGAUAUUGUAGCCGCAUCUCAUUUGAAGCCCCUUGAUAGAGGUGAUAAGGAAGGAUUGGGACGACCUAGACAGCAACCAUGGAACCCUUAUGGAGGCACACUUUCCAAUACAGAUCUUGAAAGCAGGAAGAAUGAAUCUCUAAAGGUAUCCACAAAAUUACCAAGCAAUGGACAUGAAUUUAUACAACAAUGGAAGCGAUUAGGUGAAUGCGAACAAGAAAAAUACAACUACCUCCUUCAAUUUAAUGCCGAUCAGCUAUUUUCAAUUUUCAAAAAUGAAAUCAGUUUUGGUCUACUUGGAGAAAUCUUGAAGCUUUUCAACUUAUAUUUUACAGAAGAUAAUUUGGAAAAUGUAUUUCUUAUUCUUUGGCAAUUGUCAAAUACAAACCGGUUUAGCUUAUCGAUUGACUUUUUAAGCAAAGAAGAGAAGAAAGAUCGGGAUGAGUUAAUGGAUAAAUUGCAAAGGACAUUUGAAUGUGGUCUGGAGACUAAGAUUGAUUGCGAUUUGAACUCAUUGAGAAAGUUGUAUGGUUGCAAGACUGCUUAACAAUACAAAAAGCAUUCCGGAUAUAAUAUAUUGUACAGACAUUUUUUUUGUAAAUCUGAAGCAAUCAAAAAUUUGAAAUAACAACAAAUAACACCGUGAUAUGUUGCAAUGUAGAAUUUUAAAUGUAUUUUUCAAGUAUUUUUAUAAGGACAUUUUCUGUUUGUCAACUUCAUGGCAUUAAUCAAUAGCUGCAAUGUUCACCUGUAUUCUUUUUGGCCAUCAUGAUUUGCUAAAAAGCUGUGAAUCCAACAAUUCCUGAAAGAGGCCAGUGCAGUUUGUGGACGAAGCCCUGGUGGGGAGCAGGAGGCCCCUGGUGCAUAGAAUACUGGGUAAUUCUAGGCCAUUUUAAACUGUUCUGAGAUGUUUAGCACAGGUUCUCAUUUUCGAUCUAAGGAGUCAUGGUUGUCAAGGGCUUGGCUUGUCUGGCUGGGAAGCUUAAACCCCCUUCCAUCCCUAACACCCCCUCCCCUGGUGCUGCCAUUGCUCAUUGGUAGAUGGUAGUUUGUAGAGUACAUGUGUAACACUGUACAGUAGUACUAUAACUAGAUUUACUCAUUUUUAUCAGUAAAACCAAAACAACAUUUCAAUAGCUGGCCUUCCACCCCCACAAUAAGAUCAUGAAGACAACCACAGAUAUUACCUCCCUGUUGCUUCACUUCUCAGAAAUGAGAUGGUAAUUUAUAAUCUAAUGAAAAAACAAUUUAGAUAACCACCUGCCAAUAUCCUAACACCCUCCAUGCUGAACCAGCUUCAACUCUGAAGCACUCUUAAGUAGCUACCAUACUAAUCGUUACAUCUUCUAGAAGUUCAUAUUAAGUUCAAACAGCUACAGUACUAGGAAUUUGGCAUCAAGACCAAGAAUCUCUUACGAAUGAAUCAUGAAUCAAUAACAUUUGUUAAAGGUGAGAGAUCAAUGCAUUUGAGAAUAGAAAGAAAAUUCGUAUCACAUGUGACACACUGUUCAGUAUUACAAUGACUCAAUAGUAUUCCUGAGGUAAACCAUGGUCACAUUGGCUAGUUAUGGUCAUCUGAGCUAACUCAACUACUGUAGCACAAUGAAAUAUUGUCCAAUCACCACUUUUAAUGCGACUAUUCCAUAUAUGAUGAGGGUGACCCAUCAAACGAAACCCCUCAAUGCAAUAAAAAUCCUGUUUAUCAGGAUUGUGGAAUCAAUUCUUAGCCAGGAUUGAACCCACGUCAUCAGUAUUGGAAGGCGAGUAUCUUAACCACCAAGCCACAGGUAUAGCUAUUUUGACUAUUUAAAAGCGAUUCAUUGCACGCACCUUCUGGCACUGCAUUCUCCACAGAAUCGCAUCGGCAGAAGACUGGCACAGUGAGUGCCCAGCUUAAUGAUUCCAGAACUACGCAGUGACGCAAUUUUUAUCUAUUUUUUUGCGUUUUCUUACAGUGCACACAGGGGUGGACUGAAUUUCAUAUUAUGUAGUCCAGUAAAUAAUGCAGUUUAAUAUUAUUUUUUGCUCAGUGUUGUUAUUAUUGUUGCAUUAAAUUUGUGAGAAAUCAAUUGUUUAAUUGAUACAAACAUCAAGACAAAU